AAAUUUUCCACCUGUGGUCGACAUCAUCUCUGUUGAACGACAUCUACAUCGUUCAUUGCUGUCAUCUUGGGUAUUGGAUUUGUCUGUGGCGGAGUUUCCGCAUGACAUGCUGGGUGUGAGAAUCAUCCUUCGUCCGGUAACUCGCCUUCCACCCAACUUAGGCCACGAUGAACGCUAUUCGAGCCACCCAGGCGCUCAACAAACGAGAACUCGAAUCCGCCACGCCAGUCAACGCCUCAUGGCAUACAGACUACCGAGAUACGGCCUACAUCUACGUCGGCGGACUCCCCCUUGAUCUUACAGAAGGCGACGUGGUGACGAUCUUUUCACAGUUCGGCAACCCGACACAUCUAAAACUGGUUCGUGAUCGUGAGACUGGCAAAAGUAAAGGUUUUGGCUUCCUCAAGUAUGAGGAUCAGAGGAGCUGUGAUCUUGCUGUGGACAACCUGGGCGGAGCCGAGGUCUUGGGUCGGCUGUUGAGGGUAGACCAUACCAGGUACAAGAUCAAAGAUGGAGAGGACGAAGAGACAUGGCGGAUAGAAAGGAUGGAGAGGGAGACGGGAGAAGAGCGGCCACAGUCAGACGAAGACGUACGAGGUGACGGAGAGCACAGCAGGAAGAGACGCAAGAAGACGCGGCAUAUGUUGAAAGAAGAGAAGGAGUUGGAGGAGAUGCUGGCCAUCACCCAGGACGGCGAAGAGGCUGACCCGAUGCGAGACUAUCUCAUCAAAGAAAAGAGGGAAGAAGUCGAACAAGCAAAAGAAAGAGAGAAGAGACGCAAACACAAGCAUCACCAUCGUCGGAGACAUGAUGAUGGUAGUGAUGAAGAGGGCAACAAUGAUGACACAGGCCGACGGCAUCGACGUGGCCGUGAACGAUCGGAGGAAAGGAAAGAGACUGAUCGUCGUUGGCGACGAGACCAAAGCCACAAGGAUCACGGUGAAGACAGAUCAGAACGACAUCGACACAAUGGCCAUGAGAGACGCCGGAGAGAUGGAGAAGACUGACGUGAACGUUCACCACCGUCGGGGAACUCUGAUUCUGACUCUUAUCGACAUCGAUCUCACCGUUCAAGGAGAGAGCGUGAUUGACGGGACGACCUAAAUCACCUUGGUAUUUAUCUAUACAAGAUCGCUCGAGGGUCAUCGAGCUCAAGGUCGACUAUAUGGCUGAAGCGGAAACUACACGAUUAGGCUCUCAUUUGGGGCUCUCGGCCAUUUCCUUGACCAGUUCGAUACCAAUAUCUCGCAACUUGAACUUUUCUGCAGACAUGUCAGUCAGCAAAUGGCUUGAUGGUCAACGGCAUAUGGGGUGCAACUUACGAAUCUUCCCGCUGGCGGUUUUGGGGUAAUGAUGGACGAAAAAGACAAACUUGGGGACAAGAUGAUGACUCAUAUGUUCCCGGACCCAACUCUUCACCUCAUCAACGGUGAUCUCAGUCUCGCCAGGCUCCAGAUGAUGUCUCUUGACAAUGAAGGCGGCCACCACCUCGCCAUACCUUUCAUCGGGCAAGCCAACUACGCUAACCUCGGAGAUUUUGUCAUGGCCCAGCAGACAGUUUUCUACUUCGAGAGGGUGGAUAUUCUCACCCCCUCGAAUGAUCAGGUCCUUUAUCCGACCGGUGAUACUGACGUAGCCUUCGGCAUCUAUGGAGGCUUCGUCACCAGUGUGCAUCCACACCGUGCCAUCGGGGUCUGUGGUCAUAGCUUCGGCCGUCUUUUCAGGCUGGCCCCAGUAUUCCUUCAUGACAAGAUAGCCGCUGACGACCAGUUCGCCACGUUCGCCGACGUCGAGGACUCUAUCAUGGUCAUGGGGAUCGACCACUUUGGCUUGGACGUGAGGGAGCAACCGACCGACGGUGUUGAUGCGCUUGUCAAUGGGAUCAUCGGUCGUGGUCAUGGCUGAGACUGGUGAUGUCUCAGUCAUGCCAUAGCAGAUGGUCAGCUCGGUCAGGUUAAGUGUCUUGUGAAGUUUCCGCAUCAGUUCGGCAGGAAUAGAUGACCCG